CUUUUUUAUUAAAUUAAUAAUGUCCAAAUAUUCCGUAAUUCUACCCACCUAUAAUGAAAGAGAGAAUUUGCCAAUCAUUACCUACUUAAUAUUUGAGAUGGCUAAAAAGAAGUAAAAAAAAUAAAAUAAUUAAAGCAACUUAGAUUUUGAAAUUGUCAUAAUAGAGGACAACUCACCAGAUGGUACUUUAUAAGUAGCACAAGAAUUAAAGAAAGUAUAUGGAGAUAAAUUGAUCAUACAUUUUAGAGAGAAAAAGUUAGGUUUAGGAUCUGCUUAUAUGGAUGGGAUCAAACUUUGUCAUGGAAAUUUUGUUGUAAUAAUGGAUGCAGAUUUAUCUCAUCAUCCAAAAUAUUUGAAAGAUUUCAUUGAAAAAUAGAAAGAAACAAAUUGUGAUAUAGUAACAGGAUCCAGAUAUAUCAAUAAAGGUGGUGUUAUGAAUUGGGGUUUUGAUAGGAAACUUACAUCUAGAGGUGCCAAUUUCCUUGCAUCAACUAUGUUAGGAGUGAAAUGCUCUGAUUUAACUGGAAGCUUUAGACUCUACAAAAGAGAAGUCUUAGAAAAAGUAAUUAAGGAUGUGGUCUCUAGAGGAUAUGCUUUUCAAAUGGAAAUCAUUAUAAGAGCUAGAAAGUACGGAUUUACAGUAGAAGAAGUAAUUAUUUAUAUUUAAUAAUAUAAAGGUGCCAAUUGUAUUUGUUGAAAGAAUCUUUGGAGAAUCUAAAUUGGGAGCAUCAGAAUUUCAAAUUUAUUUAAAAGGGUUAUGGAAAUUGUUAUGGACAUUCUGAUAUAUGAAUAUAAAUAUUUAC